UUUUCCUAGAACCCAAACGUAGAAGGAAGGAAGGAACAAAGUUCAGUCCCUUUCUUGUUCAAUCCUUCACUUCCUCUUCCUCCAUAUACAAGAAUCAUGGCUACUGAUCAUGAGAUUGAAAUGCAAAAUUUGAGGCAGCUGCUUCAAGUUUUUGGCUCUCGGUUUUCUCUUAAGGAAAUUGCUUCUGCCUAUUGCAAAUCAGAAGGCAACAUUGAUAUGGCUUCUGACAUUCUCUGUUCAACAGUUGGGAGCAGCUUCAGCACUAUAGCUGGUACAUCUGAGGAUAAGAUGGCAGGCGCUAGUUCUAGCACAAUGUCUUUGGAAUUUUCAUCUGGACUGGAAAACUCCAGUGCAGUGUCAUCAGAACUUUCAUCUGACCAUGUCCUUGGGAAUUCCUGUUAUGCUGAAGGAAAUACCACCCCUAGAGCACUGAAAUCAAAAAAGUGUUAUGCAUCAGUAGGUAAUGUUUCAACAAUGAUUGGAAAAGACUAUGUUAGAACCAGGCCACUAACAAAAGUCUCUUCUGAGACUACCAAACCAAUGAAAUUGGAUUCCAAGGAAUUUCCAGUCUUGGAGAUUAGGAAAGAAGAAGCCUCAUCAACUAUGACAACAGUAAAUGUCACUCCAUAUCUUGAUAUUGAGGAAUUUCUGUUAAAUAUGUUGGAAGGUGGCUUUCAACUGGACAAAUCUGUAAUCCAAGAAGUUCUUGGUUCUUCUGGAUAUGAUGUACAAAAGAGUGUCGACAAACUGGUUGACUUGUCAGCCUCGUCUCUGGAGAAGUAUGAUGAUGUUGUUGGAAUAUCUGCUGAUCAAUUUUCCAAUAGUCUGGAGCUCAAAGGAUCCAUUUCUAUGGUAAUGGCUUGUUGUAGUUCUCAAAUAAGGUCCACUGUAUUGGUAGUUUUCCUGUUUUUCUCCCAAGUCUGGACUUUAACUGCAAAUGAGCUUUGUUUCUCUUUCACAUUCUUCUUAUCAAAGUUCAUUAGCAGUUCAUGGAGAAAUGUCUUGUGGAGGGAUCCUGUUCAGAACAAGGACAACAAUUAUGCUCAGAUUCUGCUCAAAGGCAUUGAAGAAGCCAGCUCAAUUGCAAAACAACCCGUGGCACCACCAAAAAUAGAUAAUCUGCAGAAAGAAGUUUUAGACGCAUUGUUUACUUUUCCUAAAAGAUCAGAGGAAGAAUCCAGGAAAAUCAGCGUGGUUGACAGAUCAAUGGCAUUCAAUAACUUGGUGAUGAAACGUCCUGGAGACACUACUAAAAGUCGCACAGCUGCUGCAAACAAUCAAAAAUCAAGUGUUGAUGAAGAUGAAGAUGAUGAGAACAGCUUUGAUGUCUUACGCCAAGCUGUCAAGGAAUACUGGAAUACAAUGAGAGAGUACUAUAAAGCUGCUGCUGAUGCAUUUGCUAAGGGUGAUAAGGCACAGGCAGAGAGAUUACUUGAGAAAGGGCGUUUCUUCAACAAAAAGGCAAGGGAGGCAGAUGAAAAAUCAGCUGAAAAGAUCAUUGAAGACCGUUCUCGAGAUGAUGAAACUAUGUCCCUUGAUUUGCACAACCUUGAUGCACGGGAGGCACUUCGUGUUCUCAGGGUCCAUUUGACAUCUAUUUCUGGGAUUCCAACUAUUACUUACCUCAGGCUUAUAGUCGGAACUGAUGAUAAAGAUCCUAAGUUUCGGGGUCGAAAACGACUGGUAUGAUAUUCUUCAUUUCCUCAGGGAUUAAAUUCUACCAUACACAGAUCAAGAUGUUAGAACUUCACCUUCUUGAAAUUGUGAAGUAAAGACUUCAGCUUAACAUUCCCUUGACCUUAUGGAAAUUAGAAUAUAUAGCAUGCGUUCUCUUGACUUUUGCUGCAAUGUAGAAGAUUUGAGAUUGAAAAGUUCCAUGAAAUGGGAAUAGUAUAAAUUUAAGGAUUUCAG